CACGUGGUCCCGGGUCCUGGACCAGGUCUGACGUCGAGACAGAGGUGUGAGGUCACGUGUCGGACUCUUGACGCAGCCGUUACGCAACAAGUUUUCUGAAGCUUCGACACUUCGGGAUUUGUAGGAUGACUCCGCGGUGAGUCGCUGCUCGUCAAUGGAAAAUCCCGCGGAGACGCAGAUCGCGGAUAAAAACCUCAAAGCUCCGCAAAUGGAAGUUAAAUCCGAUUUUGGCGCGUUUGGUUGCGGACAGACACCGAGAGCCAGAGACCGACAGCCGCCAUGACAGCCCGGGUCUCCCCGACAGCCACCGCUCUACUUCACUGCUUCCUGUUUGUAGUUUUGGUCCAAUCGGCUCCCAUCAGCCCGGCGUCCGACUCUCCCCCGGCGUUCAGGGAGGCGGCCGAGCGAGUGAAGAUGCUGGUGGAGAAGAUCCUGAGAGACCUCCCCGCCGCGCACGCCACUGUCAUCAAUACAGAAGGUUUGACCCUCGACCCCUCCACUCAGACCACAAACCUGCAGAUGAUGGUGACCUCACUGGGCAUCCCCAACAUCCCCGUCCUCAAACCUCUGUCGGAACGCUUCACACUGGACAUGUGUGUGAGUCGUAUGUCUGCCGGCGGUCGGUUGUACCAGGGGCUUCUGGGAGUUUUGUCUGAGCGGCUGAGCGGACUGACAGACCUGCAAGCCGACGUCAGAGACCUGCUGACACACAUCCGCAAGAUGAAGGAGGCCACUCAGAUCGGCGCCGAUAGUUCGGAUGAAAUCCAGAGUCUGGAUCUGGCCUCUCGUCUCCAUGGUAACUACGAGGUGCAGGUGGCGGUCCACGUGACGCUGACGCAGCUUCGCUCCUUCUGUCACGACCUGAUCCGCAGUCUGAGAGCUGUCGCCGCCUACAGGCUCCGCGCUGCAGGCACACUCUAGGCCCCGCCCACCAUUAACAACUUCGAGGACACAGGGGAAAAAACAGGACAAGUUGGACAGAGUUAAAGCCGAUAAAAAAAAUAGGUCAUGGCUUCAACACAGGUAGACUUCACCUGCAGUGGAUCAUGGGAGAAACAAAGUCCAACACAAAUGAGACAGAUAAUGAGGAAAUCUGAUUCUCUGAGUUUAAAGUUUGAACAGAGAAGAACGAGAGAACAAAUCUGCUGCCGUCCUGAACUUUUCCUACUUCUCAUGAUGUUGCUCUCACAUUUCAGAUUAUGUGAUUACACAACAGGAGUCGACAUGUUUUAUCUUGAAUCAGGAUUUUCUGGCGGCUCCAUGAAUUAGAAACAUCCCAGGAUGUUUUUUAUCGAGGCAGUCAACUGUGAACGUUUCCUCUGAACUUUGGAUGUUUCAGUUCUUUGUGUCGCAACUCGUCGACCUCGUCCAUCAGGAUCAAACCUCCGACUUCAGGAAUGUGACGGUUCAGAGACGCAGGUCUGAACCUGCUCGACCUGAAAUUCUACUGCUGCAUCAGCAGAUUAAUAGAUGAAUAUUUAUUGAUUAUAUUUAUGAAUAAUUCUGAUCAGACUUGAUCAGUGACCUGCAGGUUAUUUAUUAUUUUAUUUAUUACUGAUAUUUAUUCAAUAUUUAUGGUGAAUUAUUUAUUAGUUUGUGUGAAGUUUUAUGAAGAUUUGUCAACCUGUGACCAAUAACUGUUUAUAAAGAUGAUCAGCAGUGAUGAUGUCAGAGCCUGACCCACGACUGUUUGUCUUCUGCACUGUUUACAUUUCUAUUCACCUUCUGUACAUAAACAUAUUCUUGUUUUUAUAUUUUUCUCAGAGCAGAGAUGAUGUCAGAGCAGUGAUGAUGUCAGAACAGAGAUGAUGUCAGAGCAGUGAUGAUGUCAGAGCAGAGAUGAUGUCAGAGCAGAGAUGAU